AUGGUAAUUAAGGAAGCCAGUGCCCAAAUUGAAGAUGAGUAUCCUCAAACUAUUUCAUACGCAAGCAUUUUGCCUUUUGCUGCACGAGAUAGUGCUUAUAAAGCUGGACAAAUAAACUAUGCCAUACCAACAGGUCCUAGAGAUGGUUGUGUCUUUGAUCAUGAUGAAGCAGGGCAGAAUCUGCCUCUAUUCUUCUCAAACAUCGAUCAACUCAUUCCAUUGAAUGGCGUGCCAGAGUAUCUUGAGCUCUUGGCAUUUUCUUCAUUAUUCUCUCAUUUUAUCUUGGUAUCAGAGUGUGACAAGGCAUCUUCUACUGGAGCUCUCAUUUCUUUUACUACGCCAACCACCAUCAUCGUUCAGGCUGCGAAAACCAAUCCAUUGUUUGGAUCAUCGUAG